AUGUGUGAGCAAUCCCAAAUUCAUCCUCAAAACCUUUUAAACUUUUUUUCAAAAACCCACAAGAAUACAAUCCUCAGUAAAUUUGACUCAUUAAGAAAAAGAGAAAUACUGUGCGACAUAACACUUAUCGUGGAAGAUGUGCACUUCAAAGCACAUAAGGCUCUGUUGGCUGUGAGCAGUGAAUAUUUCACCUUACUGUUUACUGAUGAGGACCAGCUUGGCCAGAGUAUCUACAGGCUGGAUGGCAUGGCUGCAAAGGCUUUUGCAUCUGUACUGGAAUUUAUCUACAGUGGCAACAUAUCAGUAGAGGCGAGCAGCACAGAGCAGCUGUUGGACGUGGCCCGUUCUCUAGAGAUAAACGAAUUGGUCAAAGCUCAUGCAGACUUUCAAGUCAGCCGUUCUGUCACAGCACUGAGUGAAGGCUCGAUGGUGGGAGAUAAUAACACUAGCACAGCUGCAACUCCUUCCAAGCGCAAAAGAGGACGGCCAAGAAAAUAUGUAAACACGAUUGUAUUGCCAGACUCAGGUCGGCUGCCUCAGGACUCAGUUGAAAAAGAAAACUCCAAUAAUUCCCUUCCCAGAGACUCUGAUGAUUCUGACUAUGACCCAGAAAAGAACAAACCUCGGCAUGGCAAACGGGAAAUAAGGCAGCCAGUAAAACUGAAAAGCUAUAGGCUGGGAGAUGAGAUUAGUGAGUUGAGAGUGCUGGCAAAGAAAAACAGAAGGAGAAAAUACUCACUAACAGAGCCACACUGUGACGACUGUGGCAAAGUGUUUAAAAACCAUUUGUUUUUAAAAAUACAUCAACGAACGCAUACAGGGGAAAAACCAUUCAGUUGCCAUGUUUGUGGGAAAUGCUUCACCCAGAAACACACACUUUUGGCUCAUGAGCGCAUACACACUGGAGAGAAGCCAUUUGUCUGCAACAUUUGCUCCAAAGCUUUGUCUACAAAGCACUCUCUGCAGGAACACAUGAACCUUCAUGCAGAAACUAAAUCUUUUAGCUGUGACCAAUGUGAGAAAACCUUUAGCCAGAAAAGGCAGCUAAGAAGCCAUUACAGGGUUCAUACAGGAAAAGCAUUACCCGAAUGCACACAUUGUCAGCACAAGUUUUUGGACGCAGCACAACUGAAGAAGCAUCUAAGAACACACACAGGGGAGAAGCCCUUCACCUGUGAGAUUUGUGGAAAGUGUUUUGCCGCCAAGAGCACCUUGCAGACACACAUCAGAAUACACAGAGGAGAAAAGCCGUAUAUGUGCAACAUCUGCAACAAGUCCUUUUCUGAUCCCAGUGCCAGACGACGCCAUGUUGCCUCUCACACAGGAAAAAAGCCUUUCACCUGCUCUGUGUGCAAUCUAUCUUUUGCUCGACAGGACAAUCUAAAAGCUCACAUGAAAAUUCACAACAAGGAGCAGCCAAGAGAGGAAAAUACCCAAUCAACCUCAGAUGAGAGCACAACAGGAGCUGAGAAAAUGCACAACAUCCUGCAGCCACAACAAUACCAGCUACCCACUCACACCGAGCAGGAGAUCCAACUGGUCGUCACCAGUGAGGUGGACAGUAUAAACCUGAUGCCAGUUCAAAAGCCAGGCAUUAACAUCCUCACCACAGAGGGUAACCCUGAAGAGUUGGCAUCACCAGGACAUGCCCAUUCAGGCCUCACACUCUUUACUCAGCCCUCAAGCCAGGUCCAAAACCUAGCACUGGUCACUCAAGAUGGACUAGACCCCAGUGCCCACAUCCAAACCAUGACUGUGGUCGAAGGACAGGUGAGCAGCGAGCGCUCAGAGCAAAUGCAUGUCAUCACGCUGACAAAAGAGGCCAUGGAGCAGCUCCAAGUUCAGCCUGGAACACCACACAAGGUGCAAAUAAGCCCACGACCCUUUCAGCAGCUUCAGGUGAUCCAGCAGAGCAUCCCUCAGCUUUCUGCAACACAGGAGCCACCUAAAAAGCACAACCAGAGUCACUCUGGUGCCAUUCACAUCAGCAACCAAGCUGGCCAGCCAAUAUCCAUCAGCCAGACCAGCGAGCAGAUCCCCAGUACUCAGAUUCAAGGACAGACUUUUCAGAUCCAAGCAGGUACAGUCUCGUACCUUUAUACCACCAACAUGGCACCACAGAACUAAAUAAAGAGGAAUCCGGUUUACAG